CUGGAGCUGCAGGGUCUUGGCCCCGGCCGGCUGGAACCGGACCCCAAGGCAGCAAGCACUGCACCGACUCAGGCGCUCGCCCGAGCUGCUGCGGGUCCAGACUCGGUUGCAGAAGCGGCGGACCGUGGAGGCGGAGCCGCCGCGGGCGGGGGGCGGAGCUCGGCGGGGCGAGCCGCCCAUUGGCUGCCGGGCUUCCGGGUGCGAGCGGUCAGCCGCCCCGCUGGUCCCCGGUUCCCCGAGCGCUUUUUCCCAGGGAGGCGUUAACCUAGCCCGGACGAGCCGCAGUGUCUAGAAGUUUUGGAUUGACGAUUAUACUCUGUCAUUCGGUACCCGUAGCUUUAUUUUCCAUGACAGAUCUUGACGACAGUACAUGCAAAAAAUAUAUAAAGAUGAUUACUAAUAUCGUAAUAUUGAGCCUGAUCAUUUGCAUCUCCCUAGCAUUCUGGAUUAUGUCAAUGACCGCUAGCACCUAUUAUGGUAACUUGCGCCCUGUUUCCCCUUGGCGUUGGCUGUUCUCCAUUGUUGUUCCCGUUAUGAUUGCCUGUAAUGGCUUUAAAAAGAAAAGUCUAGAUCACAGUGGGGCUUUAGGAGGGCUAGUGGUUGGAUUUAUCUUAACCAUUGCAAAUUUCAGCUUCUUUACGUCUUUGCUGAUGUUUUUCCUGUCAUCUUCAAAGCUCACUAAAUGGAAAGGAGAAGUGAAGAAGCGUCUAGAUUCAGAAUAUAAGGAAGGAGGCCAGAGGAACUGGAUUCAGGUAUUCUGUAAUGGAGCCGUGCCCACGGAGCUGGCCCUGCUAUACAUGAUAGAAAAUGGCCCCGGGGAAAUACCCAUAGAUUUUGCCAAGCAGCCUACUGCUUCCUGGAUGUGCUUGUCUCUCCUGGCUGCACUGGCCUGCUCCGCUGGAGAUACCUGGGCUUCAGAGGUUGGCCCCGUUCUGAGCAAAAGCUCGCCUCGGCUGAUAACCACCUGGGAGAAAGUUCCAGUUGGAACCAAUGGAGGAGUCACACCGGUGGGACUCGCCUCCAGUCUCCUCGGCGGGACCUUUGUGGGCCUGGUGUACUUCCUCACGCAGUUGGUGUUUGUCAAUGACCUAGACAUCUCCGCUCCCCAGUGGCCCAUUAUUGUAUUUGGAGCUCUGGCUGGGUUACUAGGAUCAGUUGUGGACUCAUACUUAGGGGCAACAAUGCAGUUUUCUGGUCUGGAUGAAAGCACUGGCCUGGUGGUCAGCAGCCCAUCUCAGGAGACCAAGCACAUAGCAGGAAAGCCCAUCCUAGAUAACAAUGCCGUGAACCUGUUCUCCUCGGUUUUGGUGGCGCUCUUGCUCCCUACAGCCGCUUCGGGGUUUUGGCCCAGAGAGUGAACUUUCUUUCCCUCCCAGCUGGUUGAUACUGUUAAUAAUAAUUUUGCCGACCUUGGGAACAUCGUCUCCUCCCGUGUUCCGCUGUGGUGGGAUUCCACAUCGCCCUCUCAGCUCCGUCUUGGCUGACGUCAGUUCCGUCACAGCUGACACCUUCCCCGUGAAAGGCGAAAGCAGAUAAUGUUGUAUACAUUCUUCUUCUGCCGCAUGAAGCUUCUUGAACAAUGGAGCUCUUACUGCCCUCUGUGGUUGUCUGUUGAGCCGCAAGUCUUUGAUCUCUGUAAAAUGUUAUUUGUUCAGCUUCUAAAGACCAAGGAAGGUUGUUGACAAUUUGAAAUGGUUCCCACUUGAACUUGUGUCUCUCUAGUCCCAACUGUGAAAAAUGCAGGUGUUGAUACUCCACGCUUGCCUUCCUUUCUCCCAGCUAACAGUGUAACUGUGUGGGCAAAUCGCUUUUUCAUCACAUUACAAAAUGUGAAGAAAAUUAAUUUUUAUGAAAAGAAAUCACUUAAAGUUGCUCUUUUCGGAUGAAGGUGUAGCUUGGUGGUAGCACUUGCCUCUGCACAUAGAACCCUGGUUUAGAUGCCCAGGGCAGAAAGAAAGUUACAACGUGCACAUUCAGGUCUUUGAAAUACACAUAAGAAUCUGGGUUCCAGGGCUAGAGAGAUGGCUCAGUGGUUAAGAGCAUUGCCUGUUCUUCCAAAGGUCCUGAGUUCAAUUCCCAGCAACCACAUGGUGGCUCACAACCAUCUGUAAUGAGGUCUGGUGCCCUCUUCUGGCCUGCAGGCAUACACAUAGAUAGAAUACUGUAUACAUAAUAAAUAAAUAAAUAUUUUUUAAAAAGAAUCUGGGUUCCAUACUAUCACGUGGAACACUUAAUGAGUCACUGGGAAAAUACUGUAAUUUUUUAAAAAUUUCCUUUCAUUUGAACUCUGAAGUUCAUGUUGUUAGUCCCUGGAAAUGCCGUUAACUUGCCACCAUGAACCUUCUCAGUCCUGCAUCCCUGUUCUUUGUGACUGUGUUCCUCACUGUGUCUUCCCUUGUACAAAAGAGGUCUCGAAGGAGCAGUUCAUUUUAUUAAAUAUGAACUAGUCUGAGUUCCUUACCUUUCCUCCCCUCCUGUUUCCAUUCUUGAAGAAAUCAAGGGAGACCUCCCUAAAUAAACUGCUACCAGAGUGAA